AUGAGCACUAACAGAAAGUAUUGGGCACUCCGCUUGGAUGAUGCAUUGUGGGCAUAUCGUACCGCAUAUAAAUCUCCUAUAGGUAUGUCUCCUUAUCAAUUAGUUUUUGAAAAAUCAUGUCAUUUGCCUUUUGAGUUGGAGUAUAUGUCAUAUUGGGCGGUCAAGAAGUUGAAUCAAGAUUUCCAAAAGACCGGCGAAGAGAGGCGCCUCUUUCUCAAUAAAUUGGACGAAUUUCGAAUGGAAGCCUAUCAUAGCUCGUCAACUUACAAAGAAAGGAUUAUGGCCUACCAUGAUAAGAUGAUUAGUCCACGGGAGCUCACCUUGGGGGAUGUGGUUUUGUUGCAUAAUUCGAGACUCUCUCUUUUCCCCAGAAAGUUGAAGUUAAAAUGGACCGGUCCUUACAUGAUCAAGAAGAUAUAUGAUAGUGGGACGGUUGAAUUGCUAGCUCCGGAUGGGACGUUGUUUCAAGCCAUUGGUCAUCGUGUGAAGAAAUACUUUAGCGCUGACAAGGUGGUGGAAGAGGAAACAGAACUAGAAGAACCACCUAAGAAGUAA